GGGACUGGAGCUGCCGCGCUGGCGAGUAGACAGCGACCCUGACAAGGUUGGUACUGGUUGUGGCAAUGGCCUCGUUCGUGACGGAAGUUCUGGCACAUUCGGGGAGGCUGGAGAAGGAGGAUCUGGGGACUCGGAUCAGCCGCCUGACCCGGCAAGUGGAGGAGAUCAAGGGUGAAGUGUGCAGUAUGAUCAGCAAGAAGUACAGUGAAUUCCUGCCUAGUAUGCAAAGUGCACAGGACCUGGUUACCCAGGUGGAUAAGCUGUCUGAUGACAUUGACCAGCUGAAAUCCAGGAUAGAGAGCGAGGUCCGCCGAGAUCUUCAUGUAUCAACUGCUGAAUUUACAGAAUUGAAGCAACAGUUGGAAAGAGACUCAGUAGUUCUAAGUUUGCUUAAACAGCUACAAGAGUUUUCUACUGCUAUCGAAGAAUAUAAUUGUGCAUUAGCAGAGAAGAAGUAUGUCACUGCUGCUCAGCGUCUGGAAGAGGCACAGAAAUGUUUGAAGUUAUUAAAAUCCAGAAGAUGCUUUGAUUUGAAAAUGUUGAAGUCUCUCAGCAUGGAGCUCACAAUACAGAAACAGAACAUACUUUAUCACCUUGGAGAAGAGUGGCAGAAGCUGAUUGUAUGGAAGUUCCCACCAUCAAAAGAUACCAACAGCUUGGAAUCUUGCCUACAGACGGAACUUCAUUUAUGUUCUGAACAGUCCCAUAAAGAAGAGAAGACCCCUGUGCCACCCAUCAGUUCUGUUUUCUUGGCAUUUUCUAUUCUUGGGGAGCUACACACAAAGCUUAAAUCAUUUGGUAAGAUGCUGCUGAAGUAUAUCCUUAGGCCUCUGGCAUCUUGUCCAUCCCUUUAUGCUGUGAUAGAAAGCCAGCCGAACAUAGUUAUCUUUCGUUUUGAAUCUGUGAUGACUGACUUGGAACAUCCGUCACCAUCUGAAGUUUUUGCAAAGAUCAGACUGGUUCUGGAAGUGCUCCAGAAACACCUGCUAGGUAUGUGUCCCCAAGGCAGUGUUUUUAUAUUUUGGAAGAGUAAAUAUCAACAUUCCUUUUCUUUGCCAACAUGCCGCAUCAGUGAAUCUGUGAAGAAAUUAAUGGAACUCGCUUAUCAGACUUUAUUAGAGGCAACGACCAGUAGCGAUCAAUGUGCUGUUCAGCUUUUCUACUCAGUGAGGAAUAUCUUCCAUUUGUUCCAUGAUGUUGUACCAACAUAUCACAAGGAGAACCUUCAGAAACUGCCCCAAUUGGCUGCCAUUCACCACAACAACUGUAUGUUCCUUGCUCACCACUUGCUGACCCUUGGACAUCAAUUUGCAUCACGUCUUGCCCCCAUUCUUUGUGAUGGCACUACUACCUUUGUGGAUCUUGUACCUGGCUUCAGGAGACUUGGAACAGAGUGUUUUUUGGCCCAAAUGCGGGCACAGAAAGGAGAACUUCUGGAGAGAUUAUCAAGUGCUAGGAACUUUUUAAACAUGGACGAUGAAGAGAAUUAUUCUGCAGCAAGCAAAGCAAUCCGGCAGGUACUGCACCAACUAAAGAGACUUGGAAUUGUGUGGCAGGAUGUCCUGCCGGUGAAUAUAUAUUGCAAGGCUAUGGGGACUUUACUCAAUACAGCAAUAUCUGAGAUCAUUGGCAGAAUCACUGCCCUAGAGGACAUCUCCACGGAAGAUGGGGAUAGAUUGUAUUCCUUAUGCAAAACAGUUAUGGAUGAAGGACCUCAAGUGUUUGCCCCUCUAUCUGAAGAAAGCAAGAACAAGAAAUACCAAGAAGAGGUUCCAGUCUUUGUGCCCAAAUGGAUGUCUUUCAAAGAACUGAUGAUGAUGCUACAAGCCAGCCUGCAAGAAAUUGGGGAUCGGUGGGCAGAUGGAAAAGGGCCCCUAGCAGCUGCAUUCUCCUCUAGUGAAGUGAAAGCUUUAAUUCGUUCCUUGUUCCAGAACACAGAAAGAAGAGCAGCUGCCCUUGCUAAGAUUAAAUAGUUUCAUCUGAGAAAGCCAUGUCUCGACUAUGUGGAUUCCUCUUUUGGGAUAUUCACUUCUUUAUAGACUUCUUGGAAUCAUCCAUUGGUUUUGGUUAACCAGUAUAUCAUGGGAAGUUUGACUUUAUAUAAGAACACCUUACCUCCUGGCCUGCACGAGGCUUUAUUACAGAACUGGAUGUUGAGAUAAGAUGUGGAGUGAAGCACCUCAAUUUGUUGACUUUGUAGCCACCCUCCAUUAAUAAGAAACUGUACAGCAGCAAUAUUUCAUGCUGCUUCCAUGGCCAUCUGGGAAAUGUAUACCUUGUAAAAUGUAGGCCCUGGCCUCGAACCAAGGAAUCCAGGAGAUUUCAAGAGUCAGGGUAAAGAAUUUGUGAGCAAAUGUGAGAUAUUUUUGGUGGAGUAGGAGCACCAUAUUUUGCCUUGCAGGAAUCAAGGAGACUUCCUGUAAUAUUUCUUUGU